AUUGUUUUUUUGGCUUUCUGUGUUGUACUUUUGAAUUUUUUGAUUGUGUGAAGGUUGGAAAAUUAAAAGUACAUGUCGGUAGUGGUAUUCGUAACUUCAUCUCCACUCCAAAGCAAAGAAGUUAGUUCACGACUUUGGGAUAAUCCACUUGCCAAGACUUCUUCUUCCAAGUAUCGCGGCUUGUGGUAACUUCCAAGAACAGUGUGAACGAAGAUCGAGUAAAUAGAGCAAAAAUGGACUCAAUUUACUCUCCUGUAUUUACGAAGGUAGCCAGUGGAUUAGCUGGUGCGGAGGGUCCUGUUUUCACUGCUGGCGGAGCCAAGUUCUUUAUGGUUGCACCUGAAGUGGAAGUCGGUGGUGAGGCAGCUGGCGAAGUAGUACGCGUAGACCUAAGCACCAAUGCUAUCGAUACAUGGUGUCAGCCUUCGACCAAAGAACAUGGAGGCAUUCCAGCCGGGUGCCAAACUGAUAAGGAUGGAAACAUAUGGAUUGCUGAUAUGAGACUCGGCUUAUUGAAAGUCAAUAGCGAAGAGAAGGAUCAGUUUGCCCAGAUGGCUCUGAAGGACUCGACAGGAAGGACCAUGCAAGGCUGCAACGAUUUGGCGUUUGAUUCAACUGGCACUUUGUGGAUCACGGCACCAGCAGGUGACAUUGCUCCUGCCAAGUACACACGCUCCAUGGAGGAUGGUUUCGGCAGCAUCUAUUGCUAUACAAAGGCAGGUGAGAUGAUCCUCUUGGAAACUGGAUUCCGCUUUUCUAACGGCAUUGCUGUUACGAAGGAUGAUAAAACGCUGAUCGUUGCUGAAACACCUACGAAAUCCCUUUGGGCGUAUGAUAUCCAAGAGCCCGGCAAGAUUGCCAAUAAGCGACUAUGGGGCAAACUACCAGGCGAUCACGAAGGUGGUCCAGACGGAAUGGACUUUGAUGAGGAGGGGCGUCUGCUUGUGGCCAACUGGGGCAGCUAUCACCUAGAUGUCUUCAGUCCUGCUGGAGAGCUGGUGAAACGGGUGAAGUGCCCGUUCCGCAACCCGAGCAAUGUGCACUUCAUGCCCGGCAGUCGAAAAGUGUACGUCACGGAACACGAGUUUCACGGCGUGUGGACAUUCGACUGGGAGUGCUGUGGACAAAAGCAGUUCUGUGACCAGUGAGUGCUGUAUCUUCUGCCUUUGAGUGCUGCAAUGCUUACACUAGAUACUACACUAGGUACUGCAGUGAAUUCUGUAGCCCCAAACUUUCCUCCCAACAUGCAAACAAUCAAAGCUUACUUCUAGAUCUCGUAUAAUUUCUCACCUGUGAACCUAAGUUUGGUGUUAGUUUGGUAUAUGCUUGUGCAACUGUGGUGGCUGGACUUCAACCACAUGUUUUGUCAAUACACUAUUUUGAUAUUCUUGUUUUACUUUGGUAAUCUAAUGGCUUUUAACAACCCCCCCCCCCCCCCCCCCCCCCCUCUCUCUCUCUAAUCUCUCUGACACUAACUAUACUAUAUUGCUUCGAAAAUUAAUGGACUUCAUACUAUUCGUACUAACUUGGCUUUUGCCAGCAGCAAGUUGCAGCAUGCUCAAAACAGCUUGCUUCUUGUUCUUUUACCUGUUUUUUCUUCAUAUAAGUUACCUCGAAGCACGUGCAUUUACUAUUAUGAGUGGUUUAAACUCUGCCAUCUUGUCUCAGUCUCGUCCUAGUCACGAUUAUUGUUCCUUUAUAUUCUAGUCUCUUCUACAUGACUGUACUAGUUUCUUUGCUCUUUAGGCUGGUCCUUUUCUUAGAGUGAUAGUGAAUCGAAAUUGAGUAACUCUUCA